AUGUCGCCCUUAUUCUAUUACUCAUUACUCUCUCUAACCUUCAUAAUAACCAUCAAAAUCUUACGCCAAACCCAAUCAAGGAAGCUAAAAAACCUUCCACCAGGUCCACCAACAAUCCCCAUAAUUGGCAACCUCCACCACCUAAAACACCCUCUCCACCGUACCUUCACAACCUUGUCUCAAAAAUACGGCGACAUCUUUUCCCUUUGGUUCGGUUCGCGCCUAGUUGUCGUUGUCUCUUCGCCUUCUUUAGUCGAGGAAUGUUUAAUCAAAAACGACAUAGUUUUAGCAAACCGACCACGGUUCCUAACCGGAAAAUACAUCUUCUACAACUACACCACGUUAGGCUCAGCUGCUUACGGACACCAUUGGCGUAACCUACGCCGUAUAAUAACCAUUGAUGUUCUCUCUAACAGCCGUCUUAACUCCUUUUUGGAAGUUCGCAUAGACGAAGCAAAUAGACUUAUUCAAAAGCUAGCUGUUUCUAGAGAUUUUAUCGAAGUGGAACUCCGGUCGAGACUAACGGAGAUGACGUUUAAUGCUAUGAUGAGAAUGAUAUCUGGAAAACGGUAUUAUGGAGACGACGGAGACGUGACGGACGUUGAAGAAGCCAAACAGUUUAGGGAAAUAAUCAGUGAGAUAAUGUCUUUGUUAGGUGCUAAUAACAAAGCUGAUUUUCUGCCUUUGUUAAAGUUGUUUGGUAUUAACAACUUGGAGAAGAGGUGCAAGAAAAUCGCAAAAAGUUGUGAUUCAUUUUUGGAGGGUCUCAUUGAAGAACAUCGGAGUGGAAAUCAUAGUGAUGGAGAUACCAUGAUUGAUCAUCUUUUGAAGCUUGGUGAGUUGCAGCCUGAAUAUUAUUCUGCUCACAUCAUCAAAGGUCUUAUUCAGGCUAUGCUUCUUGCAGGAACAGACACUUCAGCACUGACUAUAGAAUGGGUGAUGGCUGAAUUACUAAACCAUCCAGAAGUGUUGAGAAAAGCAAAGGAAGAAAUAGAGACUCAAAUUGGAAAAAACAAGUUAAUAGAGGAACAAGAUUUGCCAAAACUUCCAUAUCUACAAAACAUAAUCUCUGAGACACUUAGAUUACACCCAAUAGCACCAUUACUUAUACCACAUUAUUCUUCAGGGGAUUGUACCAUUGGAGGAUUCAAUGUUCCAAAAGAUACUAUAAUUUUGACUAAUGUCUGGGCCAUUCAUAGAGACCCAACACUUUGGAGUGAUGCUUUGAGUUUUAAGCCUGAGAGGUUUGAAAAAGAAGGGGAGGUUAACAAGUUGAUUGCAUUUGGGUUGGGGAGAAGGGCUUGUCCUGGAUUGAGUUUGGCCCAACGUACGGUGGGCUUAACUGUGGGCUUGUUGGUUCAAUGCUUUGAAUGGAAAAGGGAGAGUGAGGAGAAACUUGAUAUGAUGGAGGGUAAAGGAGUUACCAUGCCUAAAAGUAUUCCAUUUAAGGCUCUGUGUAAAGCACUACCUAUUGCUAACGAUCUUAUGAAGUGA